AUGAGAAUUAGGACACAAUUGCCGCCUACAGAAUUCCAUAUUUCUGAAGUUAAACUCGUGGAUUCUUUCUUGAAAUUGAAUUGUAUGGAACCUGAUGCUGAUUACAAAAUUCCUGCCACUCCACUUAUGGAAAUCUAUCAUAUUCUUCACUGGAAAAUACUCAAAAAUCUCAUUGGUUAUUUGAAUUCAGACGAACAACUUUGGUUUUUAAAAUUCGAGGAAAGGAAAAACAAAGACGGACUUCAAAUUGGACAGUUGAGCACAAAGUUAUCCGGACCACUACCCAUCAUAGACUCUCACUUCCAUCUAGACCAACUAUGUAGGCAGAUGGGUAGUGGAGCUUUCCAGGAUCUGGAUGACCUUGGCUCCCAAAGCAUGUAUGAAACGCAAUUAAGAUAUGCCAUUGCUAACUUUGUUUUUCCGUCAGCUUGGCCAAACUCCUCACAGCGUAGCGAAUUCAGGAAAGAUCACCGUUUAAGAUUCACCUUUGGCAUUCAUCCUAAAAUUAUAAGCUCAUCAUCAACUUCAUCUUUGGAACAUAAUUGGACUGAUCUUCAAAAUUUAUUAAAAUCAACAAAAACAGUGGCAGUGGGAGAGAUUGGUUUAGAUGAUUCUACCAACCCUUCAAGGAGAGAUUUCGACCGACAAAUUACAUAUUUUAGAAAACAACUUUAUUUGGCAGCAGCAUUGAAUUUAACUAUCGUCAUACACUCAAGAGGAAAACCAUCACUGCAUGAACAUGUGUUGGCCAUUCUAAGUGAAAUAUGCAAACCAGACCAAUUAAUUCAUUGGCAUUGUUUAACCUGUUCCACUCAACUGUACUCAGCAGCCGUCAGUCAGUUCUCUAACAUUGUUUUUGGCAUUACUCCAUUUAUUUUGAAGGACCGAUACUCAAAUAUUGUAGAAAUUGUGAAAACUUUUGGCAUUACACGUUUAGUGUUGGAAUCAGAUGCUCCAUAUAUCCCACUUCAUUCUCACACCAUUGGAAAUCCUUACUCCGUUCAUGCAAAAAAGAGAGAAUCAAGCUAUUGA